UAUUUCGAAGCCGUUUGCCAGUGUCGGACGUAAAGCACUCGCACAGUGCAGCAUUCGGAGAGCAUGGAUCGAGGACAGAAAGAAAACGUAGUUACAUCCCAAGCUCCAAAGCCACCCCACAUCGACGCUGAGUACGUGGAACGAGCUUUGCGGCGCGCUUACAACAGCGAACAGCUGAGUGUGGAAAGUUGCCAGAUUGAGGGCAUGAACCAACGGGGCGAGAACUUUUGCAGCGACAUCUACAGGGUGCGUGUGGCAUAUCGCCAAAAUGAAAAUGGGCCGCUCCAGGAGGACAAAUUAAUACUGAAGGAUUUGCUGCCAAUUUUGGCCGAAUUGGGAUCGAGUGAGCUCCAUAUGAAUCAACAGGUGCUACCCGCAAUGGCGGAAAUCGUGGCAAAGGCAGAGCCGAAGUUGCAGGACCCCAAACUGAGUGCAAAAUGUAUUUUUGCCGAGCGUGCUUUUCAAAGGGAAAUCUAUCUCUUCGAGGAUCUUUGUGAGUUGGGAUAUCGUACAGCUGAUCGGUACAACGGCCUCUCAUUCGAAGAGGCAUCCGUUUGCAUGCAAAAAAUGGCACAAUUCCACGCUGUCUCUAUGCAACUGAUACAAGAGCAACCCGUAAUAGUGGACCAGUUAGCUCCCUCGGAUUACUUAGCAGGACUAGAGAAUCAGUUUGGACAGAUCCUCGUUUUAGAUGGGACAGCACAUGCCGCCGAUGUUGUGGCAAAUUGGCCGGGCAUGGCACAUAUAGCUGCCAAAAUGCGCGCCCAGUGCCCCAAAGUAUACAGCAAACGUAUGUCGGACAUGGUCGAUCCAAAAAAGGCUGCCUUUACUGCUAUUGUGCACGGCGAUUUGUGGGUCAAUAAUACACUGUUGACACCCAAUGCGGAGCAAGUGAUAUUUGUUGACUAUCAGAACUGUUUUGUGGCCAGUCCCGCACUCGACUUGAUCUACUUCUUAUACACCAGUAUCCAGCUGCCUGUGUUGCAGCAAAAGCGUACGGCACUAAUCGAAACAUACUACGAAAGCUUUGCUCAGACUUUACGAGCCUGUCGAUACCCUCUAACCAUACCUGCAUAUGGGGAUCUGCUUGGAGAGGUGGAGCGAUGCCUUUUCUAUGGCUAUUAUGGCGUCGUUGUUGAACUUCCUAUUUGUUGUGCCUCGAAAGCGGCAUCUGAGGAUUUCACAUUAAACACAAUUAGUGAUCGGGACCUAAUGAGAAAAAAGCGACAGGAACUUUUGGCUAAUGAACGCGUAUGCGAUAGCUUAAAGUCCGCGCUCCCAUACUUUGAACAGCAGGGUAUUUUAGAAGCACUUUAAAUGGAAUUUGUUGUAGAAAUUAUAUUAUACCCUUGCUAGGGAAGCAAAUUA